ACCAACAUAUAUGAAUCGUUACGGGAUGUGUUACCGAGAAAAAUACAUUUGUACAGAUUUAAUAAACAAUUGCAAGCAUUAUUCGUCUGUAGUAAACGUAUUAAAUACCUGGUUUUCAAGAUUCAAAGGAUAUUUUAUGAUAGUUUUAUGGUGACGGCAUGUGUGUUGAUCCGUUAAAGAAAAUAUGCCAUUGGGGUCCGCUUACUGCUCUCGGAAUUAUAAAAAUAAUUACUUUGAUGACAAUACAUUGUAGUAGACAAUGGUGGCCACCUCAAGAAAGUUUUUUUGGAGCUGUUAAUUUUAUCCUUUUCUUUUGUCUUAGUGGAUCUACUCUCUUCCAUUUUAUCAGUGCUAUUUAUGAAGGACCUGGAUUUCUCCCAUUACAAUGGAUGCCGGAAAACCCAAUGGACACCCAAUUUUUACAAUUUUGUAUCCUUUGCGAAGGAUACAAAGCACCAAGAUCUCAUCAUUGUAGAAAAUGUGGUCGUUGUGUUAUGAAAAUGGAUCAUCAUUGUCCAUGGAUAAAUAAUUGUGUGGGACACUACAACCACUGUCACUUUACAGCAUUUUUAGCAAGUGCAGUUGGAGGAUGCUGUGUUUCAACUUAUACUCUAGUUUCUUGGGUGAUGACUGUGUUAUGUUUAAAACCAUUAUUAUUUCCACCACCUUCUAUAUUUAUUUUGAUAUUAGUUAUCUUUAGUAUUGGUUUAUCAAUCGGUGUUAUUCUUGCUGUUGGAACAUUACUUUAUUUUCAACUGUUGUCUAUAAUAAAAAACAGGACAGGAAUAGAAGUUUGGAUUUCAGAAAAAGCUCAUUAUCGAAGACUUGGAACUAGAGAUAAAUUUAUUUAUCCAUAUUCAAAAGGAUGGCGUUUUAAUUUACAGCAAGUUCUCACAUGGGAUUGCACACCUGUAGGUGAUGGAAUUAACUGGCCUGUAAUUGAAGGUUGUGACCAGUAUACUUUAACGCGGGAACAAUUGGCUCAAAAGAAAGAUAAACGAACAAGAGCUAAGACUUACAGAGUUAUAGAAGAAGCAUCAGGAUCUUACUUACCAAUAGGACAUGGUUGGGGUGUAUUGUGUCAUCCACCUUACACCGAUGAACCUCGUAUUAAACUUAAAAUUGGAGAUAUCGUAAUUGUAACACGAUGGCGAAAAUAUUGGUUGUUUGGAGAGAAAAAAUGGUUGUUUGGACAGAAAACGCAAGACGAUAAAAAUGAGAAACAAGUAAGAACUCGGGGUUGGUUUCCGCGGCCUUGUGCCAUUGAAGUAAUUGAGAACGAAGUGUAUUCUUCCGCCUUAACAAAAUCAGAUUAAAGCAUUCCUUCUUUGUGUAGAAUUUUUAUAGAGUAUUUAUGAAUGUAUUAUUGGAUGA